AUGGCCCCCUCCGUUGCUCAACUCGACUCUGUUACAGCCCAGACUGUCCAGAAAGUCGCCACAAAAGUGGCAAAUCUAGAUUUGAAAGCUGAUGGUCCCUCAUACCCAUUUUACUACCCCUACUACGACAAUGACGAGAAAUUCCCUCCAACCGAAUUGUUCGAUCACGUUGACCCUGGCACACGCGCCAAUCCAGCGAAGCCGAAUCUUCUUAAUCUCGACGUCAAAGUCCAGCACAUAAGCCCAUACCUCGGGACUGAAGUUACCGGGGUCCAGAUCUCCGAACUGUCCAAGGAAGGACUGGACGAACUUGCAUUGUUCGCUGCCGAGCGCAAAGUCCUUCUUUUCCGUGACCAGGACUUCAAGGACCUUUCUCCCGACAGGCAGAUUGAAAUCACCAGGCACUUUGGACCUAUUCAGAAGCACCCCACGUCAGGCAACGUGAAAGGCUAUCCAGAAUUCCACGUUGUGUAUCGUGAUGCGCAGCAUGACAAAUUUCAGGAGUAUCUAGGCGGAGACAAGAUCAACCAGACCAGUUGGCACUCGGACGUUUCCUAUGAGAAGCAGCCGCCUGGCGCUACGUUCUUCUUCAUCCUGGACCAGCCCGAGACUGGUGGCGACACGUUGUUCCUUUCCCAAGUCGAAGCUUAUAACCGCCUGUCGCUCGAGUUCAAGAAACGCCUUGAGGGCCUGCGUGCGGUCCAUAGCGGCGUUCCCCAAGCAGAGUUUUCCCGGCGCCGUGAUGGUCCCGUCCGCAGAGAGCCCAUCGAGACCGAGCACCCGCUCGUUCGAGUUCACCCUGUUACGGGCGAGAAGGCGUUAUACGUCAACCAAGGAUUCACUAAACACAUCGUCGGAUUCAAGCAGGAAGAGUCCGAGUACCUUCUCAAGUUCCUCUUUGACCACCUUGCUAAAGGUGCCGACUUCCACAUCAGAGCGACUUACAAGCCUGGUACCGUCGUUGUUUGGGACAACCGCGUCACUGCACACUCCGCGACUCCCGACUUCAGCCCCACUUUCCGAAGACACGCGGUCCGCCUCACGCCUCAGGCCGAAGUUCCUACGGAAGCCACUGCAUGA